AUGCUCAAGGCAAUCAACACAAUGGCCAACUUGAUCCGGCCAGCUUCUGACCGCAGGACCACGAGGCACACCAGGUCGCGCUCCCCGCCGCCCGCUGAGGUCGCGAAACAGGCCGCCAUCCACCAACAGCCCCCAGCGCCUAUCCUCACGCGCCGCAUGUCCAAGACCCUCCCGCUGCCUGCAGACGCGCCCAGUGCACGCGAUACCUACCCGACAAAGCAGACGUCGCCCGCGCGGUCGCGAAAACGGUCCAUCGCCGAGGUCGACACGCCCGAUGCGCGACCACCGUCAAAGACCAAACAAAGACGCUCCUACGACGACCUGUCUACCUGGGCAAACGACGCAACAAAGAAGCUACACGGCCAUGUCGAAGACGUCCCGUCCGGCGCGUCGACGCCCAUGCAGGACACAUCUUCCGCGAUGGGCGACAAGAAGAGCUUGAGAAGCAAGAACCCCGUGCGGAAAGCCAGCGAGCUGGCCGACAUCUUCGAGGACUACGACCAGAUCAUAGCGAACUGGGAGGAUGGCGAGAGCACGGAGAACAGUGCGUGUGUAGCGUGGAAGCAGGGGAAUAAGCUGACAGCUACAGGUGUUUCUAGCAUAGGCCGUGACGACAAGAUAUCCGUCGUAGACGAGCCGCUCACGGGCGCCCAGCUCGAAGAGUUCAGGGAAAAUCAGAGGAAGAAGGCAGCAAAGGCGCGGGCGCAGAUACCGCCUCCGAAUCCCAGCCAUACCUACACGAAGCGCCCCCCGUUCGACUACACGCCCUACGCGAGUGCGCUCCCCUCGACCGAAGACCCCCUCGCGGACACCAUCUACACAAAGGUGCACAACAGACACGAAGGCGUGGAGCGCAAGUCGCGCAACCGCGAAAGGGAUAACCUGCAGUACAAGAUGUCCAAAGCUUCGCCCGUGCUGGAAGAGCUCGAAGGCGAAGACUGGCACAAGGUGUUCGUCAUCGACAAGAGCGAGCGCGACUCGUGGCUCCCGAAACGCAGAUACUUCAUCGCCGAACUCCGCAACGCGAUCAAAAAGCAAGACGCGCUGCGAGACGUCGAGCUCAAGAAGCGCCGGCAGGAGAAGGAGAAGCGCAGAAGGGAGAAAGAGAGUCCGUCUUCUUCUUCUGAAGACGAUGACGAGCGUACGUGUCCACCUCCUCCCUUCCCCUCCCCUCCCAUUCAAAUGAAUAUAGAAAGAUAG